AUUUAAAAAUUACAAUUUUAAGGGUAUUAUUGCCUUUUUGAAAAUAAUUAGCCUAAUGAAACAUAAAGUAUAAGAGAUUAGUCUAAAGGAACAUAGUUAUCAUUUUUUUACUCUAAAAAAAACAAUUUUCCCAGUAUAUGAAAGUACUCACUUUUUUUUGCUUUCAUCACUUUUGUGUCAGAUACAAAUUUUGAUUUUCUCAUUGUUACUCGAAUAGUGGCUUUUGUGUCGAAUACCAUAAAUUCACCAAAUCAUAGGCUGAAUAAAAUUUUAAAGUACAUAAGGUAAAUUUCAAGUGUUUAUUGUAAGAAAACAAAAAUCUCAUAAACCUAUAAGCCCCCUAAAUUAAUUGAAGAAUGUUAUGUAAAUGAUAAAUGUAUUUAUAACACUUUAAAUUGGUUAGUUCUAGUUUUUUUUAAAAAAAUGGUUAGUUCUGCAUAAUUAAUUAUAUGAAGUAUUUAAUUUCUUUUAGGAUUUUUUUAUAUAACUGAGAUGAACAAAUACAGAAUAAAAUAAAAUUAUUUGAAAAUAUUAAUAUCAAGUAUGUAUAUAUGCAUUUUUUUAGAAACAUAUAUACAUUUUUUUUUUUUGUGAUCGAAUAUUCUAUAAAAUGGUUUUUAGACCAAUCUAAUUGGAUAGGUAGAAUAUCAUUUAAACAUAAAUCAUAUGAAGCUUCGUUAAAAUCGAUAAUUGGCUAUCAUAAUUUUAAUUAGUAGAAAAAGCAAAGCAGACAUUUUUAGUCACCUGGCAAAGCAGUGUGUGAUGAUAAUUGAAAGUAACAUCAGCAAAAUAGCAUUUUUAUAUUUUUAUUCGUGAGAGUAACUAAACCAGAGAGCAAAAGCAAGACUACUAAACUUAGGGUUUGUGCCUCCCUGCAUAAAGAAAGUUUGACCAAAGAAAGAAGACUAAAUCAUCAAAGAGAUAUGACUCAAUUCAUUCAUCUCUAGUUAUCAUCGAUCUUAUUGUUCUGUUCCUUUCAUCUCUUUGCUCUUGUGAAAGUUCAUUUUCGUUAAUAUCACAAGUCUUCUUGGUCGUCUUCUGAUUCUUGAGCCCUUUGAAACGAAUCUUGACAGAUUUAGAAAAGAGACUUAGGGUUUCAUAUGGAUUCACCCACUAAUCAUGGCAGGAGGAUGGUGAAAGGGAAGAUCGAGAUCAAGAGAAUCGAAAACCUAACGAGCAGGCAAGUCACGUUCUCCAAGCGUAGGAAAGGUCUCAUGAAGAAGGCUCACGAGCUUUCAGUUCUAUGCGAUGCUCAAGUCGCAGCCAUUGUCUUUUCUCAGAAAGGCAAACUAUACGAAUACGCUAGCUCCGACAUGAAGAAGAUGAUCGAACGAUGUGAGUUACAUAGAAGGGAAUAUUUUCAUGAAGAGAGACUCCAAAAAGAGCAGCAGGUGCAGGAUCUCAAGGAUGAAAUCACGAUUAUGGUGAACUCCAUUGAACUUCUUCAACGUCAUUGCCGGAGGCUAAUGGGGGAAGAUUUAGAUACUUGUUCGGUGGAGGAGCUCAAAGAGAUAACUAUUCAAAUUGAGAAAAGCCUUACUAUUGUUAGAUCAAGGAAGGCUAAGUUAAAUGAAGAUGAGGUGGGGAAACUAAAAGCAGAGAUUGCAGGAAAAAGAGAGCUGUUGAACGAGAGAACUAGGCUGCACGAAAUGUUUGAAGAAAAGCCCUUGUGGAUGCAGUCGAGGAACUUAGAGAGUGAGAAGAAUGCAUCUUCCUCUGGCUGUGAAAACAUCCACAUAUCCAAUGUCGAAACUGAUUUGUUCAUCGGAUUGCCUAGAAGAGUGUAAUGAUCUCUUUCUUUUUUAUUAACAGGUUCUUGUUUUCAUAUUUUCCAAGUAUAUACUCGAUUCUCUAUUUGCGUAAAACUAAGAAAUAAAGUUAUGUAUAAUACCUUGACAAAAAGUGAUGUAUAAUAAUGUUAUGAUUGUUAUCUACUAAAUAAUUGUUUUCUUUCUCUUCUCUGUCGAUCUUAUUUCAUUUUUAAUUCUUUUUUGAUGUUAAUGGCAUGGUUUUAUAUGGCUAACUACUGCUUUUAUUUCAUGUUUCUAGUUUGGGCUAUUCAUCUCUCACGCAAAAUAUCUUAUAUAAACGGUUUUGACGGAGACUGAGUUAAUGACACAAUGUGACUAAUAAUUUAUAAAGCUACAGUUAAUUAAUUACCACUUAAUCGAUAGACCUAAAUAAGCAGUUAGUAAUUAAUUGUUAAGACUUAAGAGCAUAGUGCACUAAACACUUAUGGUAAGUGGUUAACUCCUUUUGAAUAAUUCGUACGUAUUUAUGUUUUCUUCCGAUUUCUGGAUUACCUUUUGAAUAGUAUUUGUACGUAUUUAUGAUUUCUUCAGAUUUCUGAAGCUAUAUAUAUGCACAAAUCAUACAACAAUAUAUUCAAGCAAACUCUUCUCGCAGCAAAAGCAAUCAAAAUCAUUAUCACCAAAAAACUUCUAUAGCUUUUUUUAUUCCUUGUUUCUUUUUCAUCAAAAUGAGUUGCAAUAAGUCAUUUUCAAAUGGGAGUACUCUAAGAGAGCACAUGAUGUCAGAAUCAGCGAGUGGCUCGACCCUUCCAUCGCUAGAGACAUCCAACAAUGAAACCGUUUUGAUUGGGGGACCAGAUCUAAAGAGAGAAGACGGUGCACAUCAAAUAAAAGGCGAGAGAAAGAUGAUCGUGGACGAGGCAGAUUCUACCGGGUCUGGUAGUCCUUUGACAGCUGUCGAAGAAGCUGGUUUAAUUCUUGUAGCAAUGUCUAAGGGGCAGAGGCCAGAAAAUUCUCAGAAUUGGAAUGCUAUUGAUCGUUUGUUAGCAACUCCAAACGGUAAAGAAGAAUAUUACGAAACAGAUUUAGAUUCUGAUGAUGAUAAUAAAGAAGUCAAAUACAAGUCUGUUGCUGAGCUUCUCACUCAAAACGUGGAAACCCUAACAGAAGACAACGGUGAAGAUGAUGAGGAUAAUGAUGCUGACGAAACAAAUUUGGUUACGAGAGAGAAAAAGUGUAAGAAAGAAUUUAUAUGUGAUGUAUGUGGAAAAGUUUUUGGUUCGUAUCAGGCAUUAGGUGGUCAUCGAACGAGCCAUAAGUGCAAACGGUUGAAGAUUUGCGACAAGAAUGAUCAAGACCGAGAAUUAGUUCCAAACAAAAAGAAUGAUCAAGACCGACGUCACCAGUGUGGAGUUUGUGGCAGAGAAUUUGAAUCUGGUCAAGCACUUGGUGGUCACAUGAAGACUCAUUACAUAUAAUUAGUUCUGUUAUUAUUGGUUAGUCGACUUCAACCGAGUGACAUAGAACCUAUGAAUUGAUUUGGGUCAUUAACUGAUAUGGAUGAACAAAUUAUGAAUUAUGCUCCUUAUGUUUAUGUUUUUCUACCCUUUUUAGUUUAUUUUCUGUUUUGUAUAAUAAUAAAAGUUAUAAAAAAAUAUAAUAAGAAUAAUAAUAAUAAAAGUUUGGUUACAGUUUAUGUGUUUAUCAUAAAGUUUCUUGUUCAGAAUAUACUUUCGGAAUUUAUUUUCAGCACAAAAUAGCGAAAUAAAUGUCGAUGUAGUGAUUCUAUAUGGUGUAGAGCAAUUAAUAUGAUUAAGGACAUAAUUCAUAAAAAAACAUAAUUCAUAGUGCAAGAUUAAAAACUAUUCAUAAUUCAUAGUAAUAUUGUGCCAGUCAAACAACAAGACUAAAACAUUAAUGGAACAUUAUUAUGCUUUAUUUAGAAAAUUUCCUAUAUUUAAUAUAUCUACAUACGUGUAAAUUUACAAAUUAAUCAUAAUUUAUGUUUUUGUUUGACUAAGCGAAGUCAAAUAUAUUCAAUUAAGUGUUCCAAAAUCGUUUGGAGUUGUAAAUCGAUAACGGUGAAAUUAAACGGGCCGAUAAUGAGUAAAAGACCCAGUCACUCUCUUCAGCCCGACAAAUAUAUGAGCUUGGUUGAUCCUUUAAAACCAUUUCUAUGAGCUUGUGUUCAAAAAAAAAAAAAAAUCAUUUCUUUCAUAUAUGAAAGGAAGCAAAGGCAAAAGUACUCUCAUAUAUAUCCUCUCUAACACCCUUCAAAAACAAUUCUACAAUUACAUUAAAAACACCAUACAAAGAAAUGUAUAUCAACACCUCACAACACCUCAAUCUUUUGACCACAAACAUCUUCAAUAUUAGCAUCACUAACAUUACCAAGAACGAUCACAUUAGCUCCUAUCAUUUUCCUCUUAGGCUUUGCCUCUUGAAGAAACAACAACACAUCUCUCAUUGGCGGCCGAUCUGUCGGAUUUCAACUUGUACAUAACGAUGCAAUUCUCAACAUUUGUUUCAUCUCUUCUAUUAUCAUACUACAAGACCUACCCAUGCCUUUGUCUAGAACUUCUUCUACUACAUGUUCUUGUAUCUUCAGCUUUGACUUAGCCCAAUCCACAAUACAGUUACCUUCCCUGAAUCCCAGUUCGACGGAUUUAUUAAUUUCCUUUGAUGAUUUCUAAUAAUAUAACUCUGUAUCUGUAGAUAUCACUCUUUUUAUCCACUUGUAGCUUGUAUGCAUGAUAUUUAUUGAAGAAAAGAAGAUGAUGAAAAUAAACAUUAACCUUAGAAAGCAUACAUUGUUAUGUAUUUAUACUCAGGUAGUUAAGCAAAAGGAAACCAAACCACACUAACCCAAUGGUUAGCUAAAGGAAACUAUACCAAAGAUAUAUAUAAGCUAAUAAUAUUCUAUAACCAAAAAAAAAA